GCGGCGGAGGCUCGGCCAUGGGGCGCCCGAUGCUGCUCGCCGCUCUGCUGCUGCUGCUGCUGCCGCCCGGGGCCGGGGCCGCCGUGACCCGUCUCCGGGUCUCCGCCAACUUCGAGUGCCGGGCCACCGCCGACAGCACGCUGAGCCGCCCCCGCUGCCGCCGGCCGGGCCGGGCCGGGCCCCCGCUGAAGCCGCCCGCCCUGGCGCUGAGCACGGCCCGGCUGUGCCCGCCUUCGCAGCCCUGCCAGCCCUGCCUGCGGGUGCGCCUGGCCCUUCCCGCCGCAGAACUCGGUGGUGUCCGUGGGCUGCAGUUCAACUUCCUGGAGCUGGGUUCCAACCGGGCCGGCUGGCUGCAGGUCUGGCGGCGGCACCGGGCAUCAGGCAGCUCGCCGUGGCAGGUGCAGUUCGACUGCUUCCCGGCAGAGAGCGGGCGGCAGGUCCUCGUCUCCCUCCGCACCAUCCCUGACCGAGGCUUGGCCAUCAGCCGCAGCCACCUGGUCGCCGCCGAACCGCCCGGGCCCGUCUUCACCCACGCCUGGGUCCCCGAGGCGCGGGCCGUGGAGGUGUGGGUGCCCGAGGGCCCUGCCCUCAUGGUGCGGCUGUGCCACCAGCUGGCCCUGGAGUGCGAGGAGCUGCCCUGGCCCUUCCACCGGCAGGUGCUGGUGCCGGAGGGCCACCGCGUCUCACUGCCGUACGAGUUCCUGGUGCCUUGCCUGUGCAUCGAGGCCUCCUACCCUCACCACGACAGCCCACGCAGCAAGCGCUGCCCCUUCCGUGACCAGCCGGCUGCCUACGGCCCCGAGCUCUGGUCCUCGGUGCGCUUCCAUGACUACAGCGCCAGCAGCAAGGACCAGAUGGCGAUGGUGCUGAGCGCCAGCUGCCCCCUGCGCCCCCGGGCCACCCUGUGCUGGAGGGAGGUGGCAGACAAGACUGCGCCCUGCCACGACAUCCCCAACUCCACGGCCAGUGAAGAGGAGCAGGCAUACACACUGGACAAAGUGGACGUGCACCCCCAGCUCUGCUUCCGGUUCUCCUAUGGGAACAGCAGCCACGUGGAGUGUCCCCACCGGCCAGAGACCGCCUGGAACGUCUCAGUGAGCGCCUGGGGGCUGCAGCUGCGCCUGCGCCUCACCUCCAGCGUCCCUGCGGCCUUCAGUGCAGCCCUCUGCCAGCGCCAGGGUGGGCAGUGUGAGCCUGAGGCCCCCCUCUACACCGUCACUCAGCCGGAGGGCUCUGCCCCGGGGGAGCUGGCGAUGCUGCUGCCGGUGCAGGUCCUGGGCAGCUGUGUGCUGGUGUGGCGCUCAGACGUGCGCUUUGCCCGGAAGCAGCUUCUCUGCCCCGACGUCUCCCGCAGGCACUUUGGGCUGCUGGGGCUGGCACUGGCGCUGGGGCUGGUGGUGACUGUGCUGCUCCUCAACUGCUGUGGAACCUGGAGGCCAGCCGCUGGUGGGUCGGCGUCACCAGCACGCGGGUCACCAGGCACCCCGGCACUGCCACCGGCCUCACCCCUGUCUCCCCCCAGGGCCUCGCCUGCCGCCUCCUGGACACCGAUGUGCUGUGUGGGAUGGAGCUGCCGGGGCCCGGCUGUGGGCUGGCCCUGGCUCAGAUGCGUCUGGAGCCGGUGUUGCGCUGCACCGAGCCCACGGCCUGCUCACCCUGCCUGGAGGCACGCUUGCGCCUGGCCCUGCCGCCUGGAACCAGCACUGGGCUGGGUGACCUUCCGGUGCUUUGAGGCGCCGCUGGGCUCCGAGCUCCACGUCACAGCGUACACCAAUUCGCACGGACGCCGGAGGCUGAGGCGGUGGCAGCGGGUGCCAGACUGCUCGUGGCCCGUGGCACAGACUGCUGUCCCCCAGUGCCAAGUGCCCAGGCUGCAGGUCUCCCCGGGGACGAAGGAGGUGGUCGUGGAGGUGCAGGGGGCUGCGGCGGGGCACAGCUACACCCUCUGGCUCUACCACAACCAGAGCCACGGCGCCAGUGGGUCGGGGCACAUGGUGACUGCGAGCGGCCCCAUGAACUACAGCUUGCCGGCCGAUGAGGUGCUGCCCUGCCUCUGCCUGCAGGUCUGGCCAGAGACCCAGGACCCGCCACGGGCCACCCUGUGCCCCUUCUCCCACGACACCGAGGCCUGGGAGCGGCUGUGGGCGCGCAGCCGGCUGGUCCUGCAUACCAGGGGGCAGGUGCUGAGCUGGUCCCUCUCGGCCCCCUGCGACUUCCCAGCCGAGCUGGUGCCCUGCUGGCAGCCAGCACCCACCAGGCCCUGCCAAGCCCUGCCUGGCCUGCAGCAGCGCGCCGUGGGGCAGGGACCCCAGGAGUUUGGGGGUCUGCGGCCACACCCCAACCUCUGUGUGCAGGUGUGGAGCGGUGGGCAGGUCCGGCUGACCCAAUGCCUGCAGGGCCGAGCACUGCCCGGCCACACUGAUGACCUCCUGCUGCUGGAGCAUGGGGAGAACGCCUCGCUGUGCGCCCUGGAGCAGGGAGCCUGCACGCCCCUUGCCAGCUUCACCAGCACAGGAGCUGGGCACCCUGGGCUGCUGGAGCGGGAGCUACAGCAGGACGUGGUGGCGGGGCAGUGCAGUCAGAUCUGGCACCCUGAGAAUGGCACCGGCGUCGUGCUCUGGGCCUGUCCCCUGCACAAAUACCUGCAUGCCCGCUGGGCGCUGGUGUGGAUGGGGGUGCUGCUGGGGGCCGCCUGCCUCCUGCUCCUGCUCCUGCUGAAGAAGGAGGACGUGAAAGGCUGGCUGAAGUCCCUGAGGGCUGACUACGGCACUGAGGGCCCUCUGCAAGGUCGGCGGGCGCUGCUGGUUCACGCGGCGGAGCCAGCGGCAGAACGGGCGGCGUGCGCUUUGACGGCAGCCCUGCGCCCGCUGGGGCUGACAGUGACGGCAGCACCGGGAGGCGGCAGCGGGGUAGCAGCAUGGGGACCACUGCCCUGGCUGCAUGCCCAGCACCGGCGGGCACUGUGUGACGGUGACACCAUCAUCUUCCUCCUCUCCCCGGCGGCUGUGGCUGCCGCGCGCCGAUGGGACACCAGGGCCGGGGCCGUGCCGGGGGACGGGGCUGCUGAAAGCAGCCCCGUCCCCUGGCACGACCCCAGCCCUGAUGAUGUCUCCACUGUAGCACCCUGUGAGGCGUUCGCAGCGGCUCUGUCCUGCGCCGUGCCGGCACUGGCAGCAGGCAACGGGCGCUACGUGGUGGCCCGGCUAGAGGCCUUGGUGCCGGCGGUGCCACCGGCACUGCGGGCAGCCCCUGCCUUUGCGCUGCCCAGCGAGAUGGGGGGGUUCCUACAGGCGCUGGCGGGACCGAGUCGGCAACGGGGCCAGUGGCCGGAGCCGUACGUGGCAGAGGUGGCUGAGGGGCUGCGGCGGGCGGUGGGGGAAUAAAGCGGUGAUGGUGGCUUUGCCA